AUCAUCAUCAUAGUCAUCAACAACUUGUUCAUCAUCAUCAUAACAAUCAAUGGAAUUCCCCAAAGAAAACUUAUUUUUCCUUGAAUCAAUUCAUCAUCACCAUCUCUGUAUUUUACUAUAAAAUUAUUUUCUUCUCAAACUAUAAUUGUUCUUUCUUUCUUUCUAUUAUUGUGUGAUCGUUCCAGAGUACAGAAACCCUAAUUACACUGACCGACUCUGUCCUCUUUGUCUGGCCCAUUACAGAACCCACACACUGCUUUUGCUUUUCGUUUUUCCCGGGGAAAAUUGAUCCCUUUUCCUUCCUUUCGUCAUUAUUACUUAGUGAACCAAUCUUUUAGUUUUUUUUCUCUCCUCACCAUCUCCGAGUAAACCCUAGAAUCCCUCCCCCCUUCUAAUUCGAUAAGUUUCAUUUGUAAUUACGUCCAGGGUUUACUCGGUUUCCUUAAAAGUUUGAUCCUUUCUUCCUUUAUUCACUUAAAGUUUCCAUUUUUAUUCCUCUCUUCUCUCUGUCUCAUGGCGUAUCAACCGGUUCAGGGUUCUGGGUUUCACUACUUGAAUUCACCUUUCGGAGAUACCACUUUCACUAAGGUAUUUGUCGGUGGACUUGCUUGGGAGACUCAAAGUGAAGCCCUUCGUCGUCAUUUCGAACAGUACGGUGAUAUCCUUGAAGCCGUUGUCAUUGCUGAUAAGAACACUGGCCGAUCCAAAGGAUACGGCUUUGUGACUUUUAGAGAUCCAGAAGCUGCUAGGAGAGCUUGUGCUGACCCAACUCCAGUUAUAGAUGGUAGACGUGCAAACUGUAAUCUUGCUUCCCUUGGUAGACCUCGGCCUCCGUUGCCUUAUGCAUUGAUACCUAACAUUCCUGGACGCUUAAGACCUGCUUCCCCCUACAUUGGAAAUGUGCAGGGUCCUCGUGGUACACCUUUUGCAAACUAUCCGUAUCAGCAACCACUUCCAUAUAACUACCAGCAAGGACUUGUGUAUCCUUAUGGUGUUGCUGCAUAUGGACCUGAGUACAUGUACUCACAGUCACAGGGGUUAUAUGGUCCAUACAUGGGUCAGCAGUACCUUCAAAUCUACGGAGUACCUGGGGCAGUUAACACACCAGUUUAUCAGUACGGGCAAUUAAGUCAGACUGUUCCUAGUGGCCAGAGUUAUACAGCAGUUCAAGGGUAUUCGGUUCCAGGAAGCCAUGUUCUACAACUUGGUGGACCUACUGUUACUGCGAUGACUACUUCAUCCAUGCCUGCUCUUCAAGCUCCAUAUCCUACAGGCCCUGCUCCAGGACAGUCCCAUAUCAUUGUCCAUGCUCCUCAGUUUAUGCAGAGUAGCAGUUCUGACCAAACAACAAGGUAA